ACGUCAUCACCGGGUGUCGCUUUAUAUAGUCCCGCCCUCCCCGCAGGACCGGAGAACAGACUGAAACCGAGAUAGAGCAUAGCGCGCGCAGCUGAGCACUCUGAGCUGGAUAAAAAUAACAUUGCAUGAAGUUUUCACUGAAGAGCAACAAGGACUUUUCGGACGAAUCUGGAAAAGUUUCACUGUCAAUCUUGGUUUAUAGAUACUUGGAACCCGAUCAGUCGUAGUGAGAGAAGAAUUCCGUCUUUUACACUGAGCAGCUCCAGCGGAGGAGUUGGGUGUAACCGUCUUCUCUACGGGUACAUUACCAAGUCUUCCCAACCAGAGAGGGGAAGUGAAUAAUUUCCCAAUCAGGUAAUUUAGUGUACCCAAAGGUCUUUUUCUUUGGAGCCUUCUCCUUCCUCAGGGAGGUCAGCGCUCCCUGACAAAUCUUCUUGGGACUUAAAGACAGUUGAGACACCCCCUUGCGGUGGUGACUGGGCUGAGCUCCAGACCCUUUGCCUGUUCUCUGACGAACAAAGACCAUGCUGCACCUGAAGAAAUACUUAACGGAGGGCCUCAUCCAGAUGGCCAUCCUGCUCAGCCUGUGCGGGGUGAGGAUCGACGUGGGACUGGAGCCCUAUCUGCCUCCCUCGUUGCACGAGAUAAUCUUGGGUCCGACCUCUGUGCUGACCCAGACGCAGUUCCACAACCUCCGCAACCGCCUGGGGGACGGCCAAGACCUGCACCCCAAGAGCGUGGACCUGGACGACUUCUUUACGACGCGAAGGCUGCUGGGCUGGGUCCACUCUCUGGACAGACUACAGGUCCCUCAAGCAGAACUGGAGACAUGGCCGGUCCAGCGGGAGCCAGAUCCUCUUCCCAUAGUUUGUCCAGACCUACUGGAAAGAGCCCCUGCUGGGGUAGAAAGAGGCCGCCCUGCCCCACCUGUGGAAUCCAGAGCUGGACUUGGUACCUUCCAGGAGGAGGAAGAGGAUAAAGAGACUUUGUUCUCCCUUCAGGAGUGUUUCAGACUGUUGGAGGAAACCUAUGACGUCACAGAAGAACAACAGUUACAUGAUGUUGGUGGGAUAAGGGGAGAUCUGGAGUGUCAACCACCAGGCAGGGAGCCCCUGUUGUCCCAUAUCACCCCACCUGGCAACUCUUCCUUGGACCUGGAGCUCCAUUGGCAGGACCUGUUGGCUAUCUUGGACCCUGAGAACACAAAUGUUGACAUGAUGACUUCAUUUGACGAGAUCCAAAAUUCAAGAUUAACUGAGAGCCUUCAGGGUGUUGGGUCUGAAGCUCCGCGCCAAAAUUGUAACAACCAUAACAGCAGCAUAACAGAGGCUGAGCUGGAGGUCGUUUUAAUGGAGACCCCCUUGCAGCACGGUUUGUUGGGGCCUCCAAGGUACUCAGAGCAAGACCCACCCCUGCUUCCCCUCACACCCAGUGCAGAGUUGGAUGACAACAUUUCAGCAAGGGACACUUUGAAAAACUCUGACGUGAAUCCCUCGCACAGUCUUCCAGACCACUCACAUCUGUUUGCCCAAGAUCCUUCAGAAGAUUUCUACGUGGGACUAAAUGCAGAUGAUAACUCUAGUACCCUCAACAUAAAUCUGCUAACACAUGGUCUUGUGGAUACCAUGGAAGGCAGUCCGUGUUCACAGUAUGCUCCCCAUCACAACAGCCUUCCUAGCUUUGAUGCUAACUUCCAUUCACGUGACUUGACACCUUCCAGUUUCACCCCAUCUCCUGAGGGGAAUGGUAUGACUCAAGACCCUCUGACAUCUCUCUCCGGUUUCUUUCUGGUCGACGAAGAGGAGGGUGUCAAUGAUGAAGAUGGUCUCCCUGGCCCACUUUGUGACCUAGAGGAUGAUGUCAUCUUGGAUGAGAUGAGAUUGUUGGACCUGACUCUGGAUGAAGGAUUCAGCCCUGAAAUGGCAACCAGGCUGGAGGAGGAGGGUUUCCUUGGGAGUGAAAUCAGCCGACAAGAAACUGGGAGAGAUGUGGACCACUCAGGCUCCGACGUCACGAUCACGGAAGAUCAGGGUCAACCAAGAAGACAUCAGCAAGACGACUCAGGUGAGGCAGGCUCAGACUCUGGUCUUUCUCUGGACUUCAGCCGCAGUCCUGCUUCUCCAUGUGCUUCUGAGGCCUCCUCAUAUUCCUCUUCCUCAACCUCCUCUUCAUCUUGUAUGUCGGCUGUGGGAAGUCCCUUCUCUGAAGACGAGGACGAAGACACUGAGGAAGGGUUAGUUGGUUCAGAUAUGGAGGUGACCAUAAAGCAGGAGGAGCUGGAAGAGGAGGAGUUGGGGGCAGUCGGAGGAGGGUACCCUGAAGAUGUGAAGAAACCCUUCGCUCCCAACUAUGGGGAUCACAAGCUGUAUAAUGGCUUUUCUGGGCUGGAGCAUAUCGGCCACGAUCACACAUACGACCAGCCCUGGUCGUCCGCCUCCUCUCCAUCCCAUGGCAAGAUGUCAACCAAAUCCUCCUUGCAACAUGACGAUGCUAAGCCUUACCACCGCUCCUCUUCCAGACACAUCUCCGAGACCAAAAUGUGGAGCCGGGAUGAACGCCGUGCUCGAGCCCGCAAGAUCCCUUUCUCCAUAGAAGUGAUGGUUAAUCUGCCAGUGGAGGAGUUUAAUGACCUACUGGCCAAUUACCAGCUCAGUGAGGAACAGCUUGCACUCAUCAGGGACAUACGACGCCGUGGUAAGAACAAAAUUGCAGCCCAGAACUGCAGGAAGAGGAAACUGGACGUGCUGUACGAAAUGGAAGACAAUGUUACAGGUUUGAGACGUCACCAUUCACGGCUGCUCCGAGAGAAACAGGAAGCCCUGAGAAACUUGCAGGAAAUGAAGCGCCAACUGGGCGUGAUGUACCAGGAUGUCUUUUCCAGGCUGAGGGACGAGGAGGGGAUGCCGUUGAACGCUAUGGAGUACCUGCUUAAUUUUGAGUCCGAUGGCAGCGUCUCGGUAGCUUCACGCCAACAAAGGGCAGCGCUGCCACUGACGAAAACCAGCAAGAAACAGAGGGACAAGAAGAAGUGAGGAGGUGGACAAGCCAGCCAUAUUCUGGCUUCAGAAGCUUUGGGCAUUAACAGGAUUGUGGUCUGACCACACAAAAAAGCAGAAAAUACUGAUGCAGUGGUAGAUGAAGGAACACAGGAAUUCUUGAUCUGGUGUCAGUGGAAGGUGCUGAAAGGUACCAUGAAAUCCUCACACGCCCAAAUAGAUAUGCCCAAUAGUGAUGUUUUUUUAUUUAAAGAUAUAGUGGGUUGCCCUCGAUGGACUGGCGGCCUGUCCAGGGUGUCCCCUGCCUUCGCCCUAUGUCAGCUGGGAUAGGCUCCAGCGCCCCCGCGACCCUAAUGAGGAUAAGCGGUAUUGAAAAUGGAUGGAUGGAUGGAUAUAGUGGGUGGCUGGAUGAACAGGAUAUCAAGACAGAAAACAGAGAUGGUCUUUGAAAAAGGUGGUGAUCAUAAGGGGUUUGAUCCAUUCUUCAUUCUAAAUCAUUUCUACACUGUAAAAGGACUUGGGUUCAACUAUUGUAAAACUCAAAACACCUCUGAGGUACACCUACCCUACUACAUAUUGGGAUGAAAACAUCAAACUAGGGAUGACCAGUGACCAGCACUUUAAAAUGUGAGUUCAAUGCCGCUGCACAAUGCUGCUUGAACAUACUGAGCUGAACAAGACAGCCGAGGCUGGAUCCUGGCUGUCUGCUGAUGUCGCCCCUGGACCAUUGGGAAAGGGUUGCUGGAACAAAAAAAAGGGAAGUUGUGAUCAUGCCCCCUUGAGCUGGCACUCAAAAGCACUUCAGCAGUCUAAAGACAGUGGGUCAAGGGGAUCAACCCUGUGUAUGUAGAGUUUACUAAAUGAACUGUGCUAUUCGCCAAAGCUUCUCCAGUCAUCUACAGCAAAAGACUUCAAAAUUCUACUGAGAGAGGAAAUAUGCCACCAUGGCAAUUUUUCUGGAAGUCUUGGAUUAGCAGAUAUAAAUUAAGACGGGCUUCACGUCUGGCAGUUUUCCUUGAAAUUGCCCCUCUUGCCACUUGACUGACUUUGAUGGUAUAAAAGACAAUUCACAAACAGCAAAACCUUUUUUGUCUAUAUAAGCUAUAAUUUGGUGGAUGGGGCACUUGGUGCUCUGCUCUGUUUCACACCUGUGCACACCUGGCCAGAAACUAACCAGAAGAUCCAAUACAUCCGUCUGUUCUGAAUAUGAGUUAUUGACUGAGGAGUAUGGGGGGGGCCUGCAUUGAUUUUUUUAUUGAUUUUUACAUUCUAAAAGCAUUAUAGCAAUGGGUUUUACCUGUGCUUUUUUAGUAUAUAUUUUUACAUUUUUGUAUGUAUUUUCAACACACCUGUGAAGCUGUAGAACUCAUAUUGUCUACUUAAAAUAAGAUGUUGGGAAGCUGUAUUCCAAAUGUAGCUCAAGGGAAGGCCAGCCAAAUGCAAAACACAGGAUUAUCAAAUCUUAAAUACAUGGGUCAACCAUGUCAACCAACAGUCUCUUUUUUUUCCUUUCUAUGGAAAAGGGUAUUUCCUUACUUAGCUAGCUAGCAAACAAUCUCCUAUUUAUUUAGGGACUACAGAGUGAACCUCUUUUAUAGCCUUCUCACUAGGCCCCAAAUGCACACACAAAUGUAUUUAUUUAUAUAUUUUAAUUUAGGCAAGCAUCUAAAACUGGGAUUUACUUAAUAGAGCUCAGUUUUUAUUUUAUUUUGCAAGGAGCUCCGCUUAAUUUUAAACCUUGUUUUGCGAAACUCUGAUUGGAACUAACUUAGAUCCAAUGGAUCCUUGUUGGUGCUGCCCAACAUUUUAACAACUUGCAUUGAGUUUCCUCGCUGAACCGUCUCUUAACUAUAACGCUCAAUUGGUUGAGUCCGUCCUUUAACUUUAUCCAUGGAACUUGGUUAUUGUUGCUCAAGCCAUUUUAAGAAGGCAACUAUCUUUAAAAAAGCUAAAACUCCUCAAGUGUGCUCAUAGCUAGUACUUGAUCACAUUUAAAAUGUGGAGUUUAAAGGGUUGGUGCAACAGAAUUGAACUGAAUCGAGGUUUAGAAUAAAAAGGCGGUUUGAAAUCGUUAAACUAGUUUUAAACUUUGGUGCAGCAUGAUUUUAAUCUGGUUUAAAAGGUAAUCCUUGUUGGUGCAACCCAGGCCUCACGGUUUUAAGAGUGGUAGGUCAAAAUGUAUGUCAAAUGCCCCAAAUGCAUAUGAAUGUACCUUCAGUUGAUGCUGUAAAAAAAGAGAGGACAAGUUGGGUUUCCAAGACCGGUAACUCUGGAUUCACACAUUUCUCAGAUCUCAGAUUUUUUUUAAUUGUAUCACAUAGGGAUGUCCCCCUCUGGUGGCUGUGAACAUGGCUGAGUAAGACGGAGCUCCAGAGAUUCUGAUGACUAUCAGCAGAAGGUUGACCUCUAAUGUUGACCUCUUGAUGCUCAUACAUAUAAUAAGUAUAUUUCUCAGGAAUGAGGGCAGGCUGAAGAACAUGUAGUCAGACCUCUGACAAACGGAUUUAAUUCGUAAUGAUGUUGAACUCUUUUCAACCAACGAGAUCAUGUCCUUCACAUGUAUGAAGACCAGUAACAACCCUCCGAUCACUACCACUGAUGGAACAAGCUUAUAUUAUCCAAGAGUUUACAUUUUGUGCUUGCUGCUAUUCAAGGAUGUGGGACCUUGUCCUCUGUAAUAGAACAAAAUAAAAAAUUAAUUGCA